UCUGUGUCCGAGCUUUCUUGUCACCACCAAGGACUUCAAGGAUAUGCUCUUGUUUAUUUGGAUGGAAUUGGCAGCAUGAAAUUCUCAUUUACAUUUUUAGCACUGGUCCUCCGCAUUCCAGCAUAUGCAGCGGAAAAUGAAUACGCUUUGUCUGAUUUCUCAACAGGCCCAAAGGCUGCUUGCGCAAUUUUGAAAUCUCGCUAUCCGGAGAGUACAUUCUUGACAAACUCCUCGAGUUACACAACUGAGACACAACAAGAAUACUGGUCAGCAACUGCCUGGAGUAAUCCUGCAUGCGUUUUCGUUCCUCGAGAUGCAGAGGAAGUCGCUUCUGCUGUCAACAUCCUGACUCUCACGCAAUCUCAGUUUGCAGUUCGUAGUGGUGGUCACAUGCCAAUUCCCGGUUUCAACGGCAUCAACAGUGAUGGCAUUCUCCUAUCGACAUCCGACCUGACUCGAAUAACUCUCUCGGAUGAUCGAUCGGUUGUUUCCAUAGGAGCAGGCAACAGAUGGCGUGAAGUUUACAGUUAUCUAGCCCCAUUUGGUCUGGCAGCUGCAGGCGGUCGUGUAGGUGGUGUUGGUGUCUCUGGUUUUACGCUCGGAGGUGGAAUCUCUUUCUAUUCUAGCCAGGUUGGUUUUGGAGCUGACACUGUUGUGAAAUUUGAGUGCGUCCUCGCUGAUGGAUCCAUCGUCGAAGCUACAGCAACAAACGCGUAUUCUGACCUCUUCUGGGCUCUCAAAGGAGGAGGCAAUUCAUUUGCAAUAGUCACAAGAUUCGACUACAAGACUUUGACAUCGCCGGAGGUAUAUGUCGGGGUAUCUCAGUACCCCGAGCCACAAGCCCAUACUUAUCUGGAAGCUGUUUACAACUUUGGCAAAUACGGAUUAGAAAACACAAAAGCUGCCAUCAUUCCAACUAUAGUGCGACUACCUGGCGCCAAUAUCACUGCGUAUGCCGCUGCCAGGUUUUACGAUGGCAAUACAGAAAAUCCUCGAGUCUUCGAAAACUUUACUUCUCCGAAGCUCACACCCAUAGUGGACGGCUACACUAAGCAAUCAUUGGCUGACUAUGUAACUCAGACUGAUGUUUUGCAGCCCACCGGUCUUCGGCAAGAGUUUCGGACCGUAUCUAUGGUUGUAGAUAGGAAGGGAAUGGAGUUGGUCCACGACAUAUUUCUCGAGAAAGUCAAUACCGAGCUCAGUGGCGUUGCAAAUCUCACCUCUUCUAUCACUUUCCAGCCAAUAUCGGCCGAGUUCAUUCGACAAGGUACACAAAAUGGUGGGAACCCGCAGGCAGUCGGUGCGCAUAAUGCACCAUACUUUUGGAUUGUUGCGAACUGGAGCUGGACUGACAAAUCUAACGACGAACUUGUAGCUGAUGUCGCUGAUGAAACUGUGAAGGAACUCGAAAUCGCUCUCAGUAAAAAUGGGGUUCUGGCUACUUAUCAAUACUUGAAUGAUGCUGGAAAGGGCCAGAAGGUCUUCCAAGGCUAUCCAUCUGUCAGCGUAGAAAGAUUGAGGCGCAUUCGCUUAAAGUAUGACCCGUUGAGAAUUUUCACGGACAUGAUGCCUGGGGGGUGGAAGAUUGAUCACAUCUGA